AUGAAGUUUCUGUGGGCAUUUAUGAUUAUUGCUGCAUUAAUUGCUCUCAGUCAAGGACAAGGUUACGGUAGAGGAUACGGGAUGUAUGGGGGAAGAGGUAGAGGUGGCUAUGGAAUGUAUGGAAAUUACGGACGAGGAUAUGGUGGAAAUGGCGGUUAUGGGUACGGUAAUCAAAGAGGAUAUGGUGGAUAUGGCGGGUACGGUGGAUAUGGUGGAUACGGUGGACAUCGCCGUGGAAAUGGUGGCUAUGGUGGAUACGGGAGAAAUACGGCGAAGUGA